GGAAGUUUGUCUGAUCUUUAUGUAUGGAGCAAUUUUUAGGAGCAUGCUUCGAUACUAUAAUCUUUCUUCGCAACAUAGAUCUAGAGACACAUUAUUGCUUCACACUUUAAGGAUAAGAUAAGCAAAGUUACAAAAAAACGUGGGGUGAGAUUGGGCAGAUAUCACGAACAAGUCGUUUGGUGGAUUUGUGGCCGAGGUUCUUGUUUGGUCGGGUGGUGGCUGAAUCACUGUGAAUUUGAGUUGACUAUGAAUUGUGCUAGUGAGAGUGAUACGUAAGAAAAAGUCUUGUAUUCCUUCCUCUCGUUUAUAUGUGUGUGUCACUAACAGACGCCAUAUUGGCGAAUUUGUAUAUUCUGGAUUACAUCACUGCUAAAAAUUUUACACAGAUAAUAAAUAGUUGUAUAUUCGACUUAAUGAGUCAAAUAUUCAAUAAGACUUUCUCCCUCCAUCAUUCAUAAUCUGAGUGUUAGUGUUGCAGUUUUACAUUUACAAGAAAUUUGUUGAGAUUUAGAAAUGUAUGCUCCUUAAAAAUUUGGAGCAGGUGCUUUUUAUCAAUUCCAAAAAAUAAUGCCAACUGAGGAUAACUCUGUGACAAAAAAGUUACUUUCACCCUCCAGUGACAAAGUGCACUUUGAGAACGAGAUGGGUACUUCGUCUAUUCAGCCUGAGGCUGAUCUAAGGCUUCACGAUGUAGUUUAUGACCACGAAGAUGUUGACGAAAUCCAGGAAUUACUGGACGAAAAUCCAGACUUAGUUUUUGAAAAGGACAAUGAGAUGAGAACUCCCCUUCACACACUAGCAAUUUCUGGAGAUGACGACGGGGUAGAGAUUGCCAAGAUGCUUUUGGGUGUGGCGGAGGGAAGUGAUGGAGAAGUAAAAGACGUUGAGCGGAAGGAAAUUUUAGAAAUAUCGGACUCGAAGGGUUACACACCUCUUCAUUACUGCGGAAGAAACUGGCUCCCUGAUUUGACUGAGGCGUUCUUGAAAUAUGGCGCAAAUCCAUUGGCAAAAGAUUUGCUCGGAAACAGCCCACUUCAUUACAUUUGUGAAGGAGACACUCCAAAUGCCAUAGAAUGUGCUAAAUUGGUACUUGCCAAUGACUAUGACGGAUCUCUUAUCAACGCCAAAAAUGAGGACGACCAUACUCCUUUGCAUCGGGCGGUGAAAGAACAGGCCGUUGAGAUGGUGAAAUUGUUGCUGAAGAAGGAACAUAAACUCAAAAUUCCUCAGUGCACAAGUAAAAGGGGGCAAACCAUUCUGCAUUAUCUCUGCCAAGAAAGUGGUCAGACGGAAAAAUCGUGUGAAAUAUUUGCCGCAAUUUUGUCUAACAGCGAUUCUCCCUUGUUCAAUCUUGAAGAUGAGGGCGGGCGAACUCCUUUGCACAUCUCAACAAUUAGACGGUUACCUAAAAUUACAGAGAUGCUCAAUUCUGAAGAAAGCAUGAAUGUGCUCAAAGUUGACAAAAGGAAGAGAACCGCAUUGCAUUAUGCAGCAGAGAAUGGAGCAUAUCCAAAUGGUUCCAGUUGCGUUGAAUCUCUGCUUAGCCGCAAAUUUAAAAGUGCAGAGGUCAAUAAAUUAAUCUGCUACUUGUACCAGAUGCGAGACGACAAAGAGAACUCUGCUUUCAUGUAUGCCGCACUUAAUUGUCCUGAUGAAAUCGUUGGGAAAUAUUUGGCCAAGAUUCCUGAACCUCAGUUUUGGAUGAGCGAAACAGAGAUGCUUUUGGUAUAUAAGCAAUGUCCGCGCGCCAUCAAGAGUUUGAUGGACCGUGCUUUCUCCGAGCAAGAAACGCCUGUAAAUAUUAAACAGGAGUCCAGGCAGGAUGAAAAACAGGAUGCCAUUAUGGUGGAUUUUGGACCAAUAACUGGAUACAAGGAUCCAAUUGAACAACUCCAUCAACAGGAGACAAAAUAUCUGAAGAAUGCCUUGUGGUGGGACUUUAUCACACAAAAGGAAAUUCUGACCCACCCUCUCGUCCAGCUUUACGUUGCGAAAAAGUGUCAAAAGCUGAGACCAAUGAUUUAUGGUUGGAUUGUGUGGCAAGUAAUUUGGUUAGCAGCCUACACUACACUGAUCUAUUCCGUGUACACCAAGGACUUACCGUUUACCAUUCUGACAUACAUUUCUGCCUUAAUUUUCCUAAUUUACAUCACCAUUUCUCUCGUGAAUGAGAUUUUUGAAGGAUUGACUGUCGGCAUAACUUACAUCAUCAGUUGGAGCAACGCUUUUCAACUGACUCAGAUAUUUUUGGGUGUGGUUACCAUUUGGCCAGUGCUGACCAGCAACUCUGAACCCACGACUUUCUGCAGAAACUGUGCAGCAGCUGGAAUCCUUCUCGCGCAUAUUCUAAGUAUGCGAGAUUUUGGAAAACUGCAUGAAAAGAUUGGAUUGGUGAUUGAAAUUCUGAAGCAGGUUGUUUUUGAAAUAUUAAAAGUCUUGUUGUGCUGUUUCAUGCUCGUGUUGGGAUUCACGCAUUCGUUUAAAGUUAUAUUUUUGGAUGAAGAGUCGCUAAAGACGUCAUUUCCUGGCCCUCUGGUGAAAGUCCUUGUUAUGAUGACUGGCGAAUUUGAGUACAAUGAUACGUUUAAGAAGGAGAACGGUGCCGGAGAAGUUGAGGAUGACACCACCAAACUCGUUCUCUUCCUUCUGUUCCUCAUUUGCAUACCUGUGGCGUUCUUCAGCCUUCUUCAGGCCUUUGCCUUGGACAGAGUGAUGGAGCUGAGAGAACGUGCAAAAGUUGGGAGGGUAGCAAAGCACUUGGAGCACAUUUACUUCAUUGAGACCAUUCUCCUAAGUCUGAACCUUGUGAAUAAACUUUUCUCCCCAAAAGUGGUCGUGGACUGGCUGAGGAAACAUAAUGUUACCACAGCUCGGAUUGAUGGGGAACUCCAAUUCGAAUUUCUCUUGAAAGAAGAGACUCAUAAAAAUAUUGAUCGGAGGACAGCAAAACAGCGAAAACUUGACUUUUAUAGGGGCGUCAAAACCGUAUUUGGGUCUGACAUUGACCAGAACGUCAGAAGUGAAAUAUUUGCUUUGGCUUCUGAAAAUUCUGCAGAAAUUAGACGAAGGAGACAACAAACACUUUCAACAAGUUCCCGGAAUUAAGAUAUAAAUUAUGGCUUUGAAUUUAUUUUGAAUCUCUUAAUUUUCAUGUACUUAUUCAAUGAUUUUGCAUUUUCUCCAACUAUCUGCUUGGGUAUUGGUAACCAUCAAUUGUUGAUUUAUUUUAAUUUACUCUACGUAAUGCAAUGCAAUUAUCCCUAAAUAAAACUGUUUUCGUAUGAAUUUAUCUAGCGAUAAAACCACCUAAUAUUUUGAGAA